CGCCGUUGUGGGUGUCACUGGCGGCAAAAUCCCAAAACAGAAUCAAAAUUUCCUGGCUCAUUUCUUUGUGCCUCUAAGCUCAACCACUCUCUAGGGUUUCGGCUUUCACAAGGUGCUUUCUUUCAUAAAUGGACUCAUCAACGUCCCUCGUCUGCAAUCUAGGGCUUUUGGACACUCUUAGCGACGAUUCAGUGCAAGAAAUACUCGAAAGCUACUCGGCCUUCUGUGCCGCCACUGGAGCUCUUCUCAACGGCUCUGGUGAUCUCUCUGUCGGACCAGACUUCAUUUCUCACGUCCACGUCCUCUGCAAGCACGGCCUUCACUCGCUCGUACGUGACCACUUCCUCCAGUCACUCGAGGUAGUUUUUGAGAAAAAUGGAGCAUCAAGAUUUUGGAGGCAUUUUGAUGUUUAUAACAACAUUACAGCUUUGGGGAAGAAUGGAAGCGCUAUUGAUGGGGAUCAGGUUCAGCAAGUGCUGUGCAAGGCUUUGGAAGAGAUAUGUUUGGAAAAGCAGUAUCAGGAGAAGUGCGUAUUGAUUUUGGUUCACGCUUUGCUGUCAUAUAAGGAGUCUGUAGCGGAUGGAAAGCACAGUCUUGAUAAGGAAAGAAUCCAUCUUGUUUCCAAGUAUCAGUUGAUGGUUUCUUCAGUUCUUAUGGCAGCUCUUCCUCGACAUUUUCCUGGUAUGCACCUUAUCCACCCCUCAUCCCCUCAUCCCCUCCCCAACAAACCAAAUUUUGGAAUUACAAUUUCUUAUUGUCUUUCAUAUUUGUCAUUUAAUGGGACUUUCUUCGCUUGUAGUGCAAGUAUUUUUCAGCCAAUGGUUUACGUUUUUCAUUGCCUCCUUGGUUAGGAUCAUGGCUGCCGCCUCUCCCUCUUUGUUUAUAUGUUUUUAUUGUGUUUAACUGUGUAGAAAUUUUAGUUUUAUUGGCUUAUAUUUAACAGUCAAUGAGAAUCAAUUCAUUUUCUUUUAAUCUGAAGAGGAAUAAAUGCAUAAUUAACAU